UUUUACCUUUUUAUAUAUGGUCACUUUGUUCCCGCAACUAGUAAAUUUCAGUAUUUAAUUUUUAAUAAUAACAUUUAAAAGCAAUAAUAAUACAACUUCAAUGAGGGAGCACUAUGACAACUGAGACUCCAAAAUGAUGCUACAGCUUCUGUUUUUCUGCCUGGUGCUCUUCAUCAACGUUUAUUGGGUCUUGCCCACGGCCAUUAGCUGGUAUUUGGUGAAGAGAUUCCGGGUCAAAGUACGAAUCGGGCGCAUCUCGCUGCCCUACUUGUCGCUGAAGAAUGUGCACAUCAGCAAGAGUGGAUUCUCGGUGCAAAUCGAGGAGGUGUGCUUGCGCAGCAGUUUCUUCACCACCGAGGUGACCAAGCUGCUCUCCAUUUACAUCCGCGAUAUACGGAUAAAUAAGGAUAUACACAGCAGGCAAGAUGACACAGCCGAGGACUUCUACGAACUCCGGCGGAGCUCUCAAGGAUCAGAUAGCAAGCCCAAGGGUGUCCCAGACUUCCGGCAAACCAAGGUCCCAGCCAGCAUCAUCACAUUUGCCCAAUUCAUGGCCGUGCAUAUAAACAACAUAUCAGUGGUGCUGAUGAACAAUGACUUCGAUCCGGGCUGGUUCAUUCAUGCCACGGCCAAGGAACUCCAUCUGGAUGGGAGCAUCGUCCAGAAUGCCCGCGUGCUCCUGGUAAAUGCGGCUCUCAGUGAAGCCCAAGCCAAGAUGCUGAGGCACUGCAGCUCACGCCGCCAAUCUCUCGAGAAUCUGAACAAGAUUCGUCCCUGCCUGGGCGAGGUUAGCUUCGAUAUGACCCUGGAUGCGUCGCUCUUUGCCCAGGGACCCCUCUCCAUGGAUACGCUCAGUCUGGUCAUCAACAAUGCCAAGUCAGUGGUCCAUGGCGGUCUGUACGAAUUCCUUAGUGAGGCCAAGCGAAGGACAUCAACUGGUCAGCAGUCUCGACGUUCCGCGCAGGCCUCGGCUCCUUCCAAAAGGUCCUAUGACAAUGACAACUACGAGAAGCUGGCGCCCAUUAUACCAAAGAACUUUAGCUUUAGCAUCAGAGCGGCAACAUUCUCCGCCGUCAAAGAAAACUCACAGAACGAUUUUAGCGCCAAGCUGCAGUCGUUUCAAAUCUCGGGAAAGUUCAACUCAAAAGUCACGGAUGAAAAGACCUUGUUACCUUCAAUGCUGGCCAAAUUGGGUUUCCAGCACCUAGACAUUGAUACUAAAUAUGAAAAGCUACUCUUUGUAGAACAAUUCACCAUAGAUUCGGUGCUGGAAAAAGACAUCUUCAAUCUGUAUGUGAAACUGAAGACAUUCCAAAUCAUCUAUAACCACAGCGAGAUCUAUGACUUUGUCAACAACAAUUUCCUGGCUCGCCAACGCGGAUCGAGCGGAUCUCAGCCCAUGCAGCUGAUACACAAGCAGAAAUCUCUGCCCGAUCACUUGUAUCCGGACACGGCGGCAGUGGAUAGCCAACUGCAAAAGAAUCAGCGAAGGGAAGGCGGAGUUCUCGAAUGGAUUAUGCAGCGGAUUGUGGUUAAAGGCUGUGCGGAGCUGUUCAAUGUCUCACUGCUAAUGAAGCUGGAGGAUGAGCACAUAGCCAUGAGUGUAAGCCAUACGAGAUUCCUCUUGGAACAAAUCGAAGAGAAACGAAGUAAUCUCUAUGAGAACAAGUUCCUCAACUUGUUGCUGAAUCAAAGGCAAUGGAGCAUGGAACUGAUGGUGGAAACGCUGUGGUCAAACCUCAAGAACUCCAUCAACGACACUAAUAAUCUAAAGAAAACCCACUCGCCUGGCUCCCCUUUUUUCCUGGGCGUAAGCCUGGUUAAGCUCUGCUCGUAUGCAAACACCACUAAAUUGGACAUAUCAGUGCACACUUUCCGCACGGAAUACAGCAUGCAGUUGGCGGAGUUUGUGGUCAAGUCAAUGGAGUGCCUCAGGCAGUACCGGGGAAUGGAACCAAAGAGGAUGUCGGGACAGACGCAGGCCAAACCGAAUACAGGACUCACUUUAUCAAUGCAGCCAUCAUCACAGUCAUCAUCUACCUCACUGCGGGUGUCUCUCAAAGUCAAGGAUAUCACGGCUUAUUUUGUUAAUCAUCACAAUGUUUACACGCUGCUCAGUUUCUCAGAGCUUAACUUGUCGCGGUCGCAAAACUUGACCACCUUAAAGCUGGAGGAGUUCCAGAUGGCCAUAAUGCGUUCGCUGACCACUUCUUCGCUUUGUCUCACCGACUUUUCCGAUGUGUUUGCCAAUUGCAAAAUCAUCCGACUGGAGCAUGAACCAAUGGCGGGUACAUUGGGAAAACUCUCUAUCUAUAUACCCGGCAAUACGGAGGCCACAUGGAACUCCAAUUUGCACAUGCACCUCUUGACUUUGGUGAGGGACAUGCAAGACUUGAAGACGGAGUUGGCAAUUCCAGCUUCGCCGGUGAAGAAAACCACUCCCAGAAGAGGACUCGUGGUGGAACUGUCUGCCGAACGGAGCACCAUCUUUGAGAUUAAGUUUUCCGACCGUCACUCCAUUCAGAUCUUUGUGGAGAGUCUCUUCUUCAGUCAGAAGGAGCGGUGCAUUAUCUAUGCGGAGAACGUGUUUGUCAAGAUCGAUGAUCAGCACAUUUUUACAGUCAAGGAGCUGGAUCUGCAGUCGGUGCCACGACUUGAGAUACUCACCCAAGAACGGCAAAACUUUCCUGGCUUUCAGUUGGCCUCCAAUAAGGUGUGGGUCACCACCAUUGGCUCCUUUAAAGCCAUUUUCCCAUAUGACCACGACUUUUACAAUGCCAUCAAUGGCGAGUGCGUUUCCCACUUCAAGUGGCUAAAACUGAUUCACAAUUACAAGAAGAAACCAUUUACGGUGGACUCACCGCUACCCUGUGAUUUGGUCAUUAAGAUCAAGGAGUUCCUGCUGGAAAUCAGCGACGAUCCUUUUGAGGUCAAGCUUCGUGAUAACUAUGUUCUGCUGGUGGAUGAAUAUCUGGAGAGCUUGAAGCGCAAGGCACUGUUCGAUAAGAAGAUCGGUGAGCUCUGCUCGGAACGUCUGCUGGUGCCAGCUGGAACUAUAGAGAGUCUGUACGCCAAUCUGGUGAAGAAGAACUCGGAGAUCUACAUACAGCGAUCGAAGAAGAUUCGCGAAAGUGGGCCAGUUCGUACCCGCCUGCUGGCUUGGAUCAUGACGGAUGUGAAUAUCAUGGCCAUGGCGGACACCUCCAUACAUGGCUACGAUAAUGUGACGCAUAUAAUGCGCGAGAUCGAUCACGAGAGUCCCUGGCCGGAGGAGGGACUGGAGUUCUCCACGCUCUGGUGUCGAGGUGUCAACAUCAGCUGCACUGAAUGGAAAUUUAUGCUGAGGGACUUUCCGCAACCCAUGUUCUGUGUGAAGAGCAUGCGGUUGUAUGGCAAUCUCUGUGGAGCCGAGCAAAUGGGCUCCAAGCGAGCCAAGCGUGAUGUGUUCAUUGAGAUGGGUGAACCCUUUGGCACCAAUGUGAUACAACGCAGCAUGCCCUCGCUGAAGUUCUACCACGACUUUGACUGCGAACUGGAGAGCUGUAGCUAUGCCUUUGGUGCCUGCUGGGAACCUGUGAUGGCCCAGUGCAAUCUGAGCUUUGAGAAGAUCUCGGCUCCCUCGAAGGAUCCCUCGCCUCCCUUGCCAUUUUGGGACAAACUCCGUUUACUUCUGCAUGGUCGGUUGACGCUGAUAGCCAAGCGAUUUACCAUACUCCUCCAUGCCUCAUUGGAUCCCUAUAACACCACCGAGGAAAUGGAGCUGACCUGGAACAAUUGCGGAAUUGUGCUGACCAAUGCAAAGAUUAUGUUCAAAGGGGAACUGAAUGUCACUGUGCGAACAGCUUCGCGGUACGACGAUUGUCGUUUGCUUCAUUUCCCGAAUCUUAAGCUGACUGUGAAGCUGAAGUGGGUGUGCCUGGCUAAUCCCAAUGACCACCAUGCCGUGAUGCCCUGUGCUCCGGACAAGCUGCCCGAGUACUCGAGCAAUCAGGUGCACGACUCCUUCCGUGCCUUCCGCUCACUAAAUCUCAACAUUUGGAUAUCCUUCGAGACGAAGCCGAAGGCGGGCGAAGAUUUGGAAGUGGACAUACCCAGUCUGGUGUUGUACGGCAGCACGUUGCGAUGGUUUGAGAGCCUCCAGCUCAUCCUGUCGGGUGUGACGAGGCCCACGCGUCGCGGACCGGUCUUCAACAAUGUGAGACCACGGAAAAAGCCACUCAGUCGGCACUACAAGAAGGCCAAUCUGCAGAUGUGCCUGCACAAGUUCCAAGUGCUCUACUGGAUGUCGCAUGCCCUGCAAAAGGGAUUCCAGUUGAACGGGCGACGUGUGUCCUUCAGUUCCGAACACUCGCUCACCCUGAAUCCCAUUGACGAUGGCCUGAUCCAUAGACCUCGGGCGGAUUGGUCCACCAUCUACAUGAACUGCGAACUCAACGAUGCUGAGAUCUGGCUGAAGAGCAUCGUGACCGAGAAGAUGGACAGCAGCUCGGAGAAUUUGGCCAGUGCAGCGGAUGCCUUCAAGAUUGUGCGAUUCUAUUUUCUGAGCGUGGCCAAGGUCUCCUACGGACGCGAAGCGCUGAUUCCCACGACGGCCACCAGCACGGAGGAGGAUGUGAAGGCCCAGUCCACCACGCCCACGCAUAAGUUGGUCGUGUAUGAUUUGAAGGGAGCCUGGACCAAGAGCAAUCGGGAUGUGGCCUUCGCCCUGUUCGACUCCUUCAUGAAGUCCCAGAAACUGAAGAACAAUCUGUCCACGGAGGCGGUGAAAAGCUAUCGCAAGGAGGGUCCCGCAUCGGCUGUGCUCAAGCAUAAGCGAAGUGAUAGCACCAUUACCUUGUCCAGCACCAGCAGCGAGGUCUUGCCCAUUUCCAACCCGAAUGCAUCGCUGAAGAAGGCCCCCGCGCAGAUCCAUGCCACAGCGAUGUUGCAGCAACUCAUCGCAGAGGCGGACCACAAGUUCAAUGUGUACAGUGAUGACCAUAGCACCCAGUCCAGGGAGCUGCAGCUGCAGGGUCUGCAGGCCUGCUCCGCCCAGGAUAUAAUCCAUGAGAACUGGUCCAUCAGCUUGGUCAAUUCGCAGGUGCUGCUGAAAGGCUGCGAGACCUCGGGCUAUGUGAUCAUCAGUGCGGCCAAGGCGGAGAUUCUGCAGCGGGAGCAUCGUCCGGUUUGGCGGGAGCGUUCCCUGAUCUCGAAGACCACGUGGAAGGGAUUGCUGGAGUGCAUGCAGUACUAUGCCACAGUUAGCGCCGGAGAUAAUAACUCCUUGUUGGAGAAAGAGAUCAUGUGGCUGACGGUGGACAAUAUACAGGACAAGGAUGAGACGGUCAUCAAUAAUCUGCCGGACAUCUCGCAUUUGGUGGGCAGUGGGCGCAGUGUGGGUGGCGUGGUCUCCGAAACUGUGGGUGCCUUCCUCAGCGACAAUUCUGGCGAGGCACAGCCCGUCCAGCUGCAGCGCAUUGUGUCCAAGUGUAAGUGCGAAUUCUUCUAUGUGAGCUAUGGCGAUGCCAUCGAUCCGAAUUGCAUCACGGAGGUGCCACCUCCUCCCUCCGAAGAACUGCAAUCGCCGUGGGAGAAGCAAGACGAUCCCGUGGAUGCCUUCACCCUGAUGCAUCAUGACCUGGAUGUGUGCACCAACUCGCUGCAGUAUGCCAUGAUCCUGGACAUAGUGAACAACCUGCUGCUCUAUGUGGAACCACAACGGAAGCAGGCGGCCGAGAAGCUCACGCGUAUGCGUUUCCAGCUGCAAUUGCACUCAACGGAGGACCAAAAGCGUCCCAUCCAGCAAAAGCAAACGGUUAUCCGUAGUCUGCUGAUGAAGAUACGCUCCCUGGAGAAGGACACGCACAUGAUCAGCAAGGAGCGCAUUGAGGAGGGGGAUUCCUUAGAGCUACGGCAGGAAUACGAUCAUGUGCAGCAGAUGAUACGCGAAAGCAAGGAGGAGCUGAACACUUUCAGCGAAGAUCUGGACAUGAUGCUGCUCUGCUACAAGGAGACCCAAUUGUCGCAGCUUAGCAAGAUCUUGAACGUGCGCUCCGAUGAAUCCGUGACCAUGGUGCGCACCAAUGAGAUCUGCUUUAAGCGUGCCCAGUGGCGACUCACGGAGACGGAUGGCCAAAUCGGGAUAGCCGAUCUUGUCCUCAGCGCUUUUCUCUACACCAAAAAGUCCAAGAGCGAUGAUUCGGUGGAGCAUCUGCUCGAACUGGGCAACAUACGCAUGGAGAACCUACUGCCGCGGGAAAUCUAUCGCGACGUCCUGCUGGCCACUGAAAUCCAAAAGGACAUGCCCGUGGACACACACAAACGUGUGCUGCGCAUUUUCUGCCGCGAGAAGGCUCCAGUGGGUGGAAUUUCGGUCAAAGAACACUUCGAGAUCAAUGUGGCACCCAUCACGAUUGCCAUCACAAAAAAGUUCUACAGCACAAUGCUGAAGUUCUGCUUCCCAGAUCGCGAUGCCUCCGAAACGGAGGUCAGCGAUGAGCUGGACGACAAUGCCUCAACCAGCUCGGCGUCCACAACGAAUCUACAGGCCAAGCCUUCCACAUCCUCGUCCACCAAGCGCUCGGGUAAGGGCAAAAAGGGUGCAAAGGACUCGGAGUUCUAUGUGAAGAUCGAAAAGGACGAUGUCGAGAAGAUGAAAGAGCGUGCCGAGAAGAACAAGCUCUUCAUCUACAUCAAGAUUCCCGAGGUGCCCGUGCGCGUGAGCUACAAGGGCAACAAGGAGAAGAAUCUGGAGGACAUCACAGACUACUCACUAGUUAUCCCCACGCUGGAGUAUCACAAUGUUACGUGGACCUGGCUGGAUCUGCUGCUGGCCAUGAAAUCCGUCAGCCGGCGUGUGAUAUUCUCGCAGGCCAUCAAGCAGAAGCUGCAUAUUCAUCAGCGUCAACCGAUUCUGUCCGCCGGAGAACGAGCCACGCCCCAGGAGGCGGAGGACAAGGCCGUGAUGCUAUUCGGAAAUCGCUUACUGAACGAAAACCGUAAUCAGAAAAAGGGCGUCUUCAAGUUCUCCUCAAGCGGAAAGUAAUCCGGAAAUGACUUCAACUUGCGUGCUCCAUAUUUCAACGAUAUUUGUAUGCUUUAUAUUUAUUACUGUACGUUCAAAGGAUGUACGAAAAUAUGUGCAACUUGCGGUACUGACCAGGACUUAGCGCAGCUUAUCUAAAAUGCCGUAAUCAACCAACAAGAAUGUCCGUUUAACAAUACACUAUACAAUACAAUCACACACACUCUCAAGUAUUAUGCUAUGUAAACUCUCUAAAUAUAGCUAAUUUAUAUAAUGUAUAUGUUUGUUAUUAGCAAUAAAGAGGGAGAGUAGGCGUAGUUCAUUUUUA